UGCACGGAAGGAAAUGCUGCAGACAGAGACAGGGCGCGAGCGGUGUGGAUGACGACGCUCUUGCCAUUACAUUACAUAUAAAUAAUAAUCCAUCCAGACCAGGGCGAUCGGUUCGAGUCCGACUCAGUUCUCCUCUCCUUGUAAAAUAGAUCUCUGAUUGAUGCAUGUAUGCAUGUAUGGUACCCAUCAUCGGAGCUUCCAAAUACCGCUUCCUCGACUGACUCAUGUGAUUGAUUUGCUUCCAUUGAAUUGAAUUCUGGUUAUGGACGUCGAGAGAUCGUCCCUCUGCAAUUGCGUGGUGAACUUCUUGCUGGAAGAGAACUACUUGCUCACCGCAUUCGAGCUCCUCCACGAGCUCCUUGACGAUGGCCGCGAUGCUCACGCCAUUCGCCUCAAGGAGUUCUUCUCCGAUCCAGCUCAUUUCCCUCCCGAUCAGGUCUCCCGCUUCAACUCUCUCCGAGUUGCCGAUCCUCAGAGCUUGCUAGAAGAGAAGGAAGCACUAGAAGAAAAAUUGGCAAUCUGUGAAUACGAGCUUCGUUUAGCAAAAGAGGACGUUGCAAAGUUGAAGACGGAAUUGCAGAGGAAGACAGAAUCAUCUCUUACUGAAUCAAGCGCUUCCAAUUCAGACUCAGUUAAGCAAAGACCAGAGGUACAACGGAAGAAGAGAGACGCUGCUAUUUCUGAUUUAGGCCCUCUAAAGGAUAAUGAACGUCAGGAUCUCAAUUGCGCAGUGAAAGAGUACUUACUUUUAGCAGGUUACAGGCUUACAGCCAUGACAUUUUAUGAAGAGGUCACUGAUCAGAACCUCGACAUUUGGCAGGAGACACCUGCUUGUGUGCCAGAUGCUCUACGGCAUUAUUACUAUCAGUAUCUCUCAUCCAGUACAGAGGCUGCCGAGGAGAAGAUCAAAAUGCUUUUAGAGAAUGAAUAUUUAAGAAAAGAAAAGACAAGGUUGAUAGAUGAGAAGGAUUCUCUGAUGAGAAACAAAGAUUUGGCAGAUAAUCAAAUAGCUACUUUGACGAAAUCAUUGGAGGCUACGCAGAGAGAUCUUAGGGACCGGGAGAACCAGGUACAAGUUGCGAAACAAAUGUUAGAGCAGCAAAGAAAGGAGCUGAAUGAGUGCAGAGCUGAGAUUACCUCAUUAAAGAUGCAUAUUGAAGGAUCAUUUUCCGGAAGGAAUAUUCUAGCUGGUGAUGUCGAUUCUCUCCAAUCUCAGACAUUGGAAAAAUACAAGGAAGAAAUAAAAUCACUUCAGUUGGAAUUAGAAAUUCUGAAGGCCAAAGAAGCAGCGGCUCCUGAUUCUCUAGAUUCAAUCAAUUUUUUGAAAGAAGAAACAGUUGUUGAGAUUCAUGAGGAUAAAGGUGCGCCAUCUCCAUCAAUUGAAGUAUCAUCAGGAACUGGAGACCCCAGUGAUGUUCAUUCACUGGCUGCUCAAGCCUCUGGUGGGGACACAUCUAAGCCCAAGGAAGUUUCAGUCCCUGUUUUGAUGGAUCAUUCCAAUAAUAAUGGUACCCCUAGCAAUGUUAAUGUCAGAUCCAAGGAAAAUGGUGAAGCACCAGCACUGGAUAGCAGAUCACACAUAAAGUCAGCUAAUUUGAACGGUGAAGCUGUUAUUCAGAAGAUGGGUUCAGAGACCAUUCAAAUUCUUGCUGAUGCCUUGCCAAAGAUUGUCCCUUUUGUUUUGAUCAACCACAGAGAGGAACUUCUUCCGCUGAUAAUGUGUGCAAUUGAGCGCCAUCCAGAUAGUAGCACUCGAGAUUCCUUGACACACACCUUGUUUAAUUUAAUAAAACGGCCCGAUGAACAACAGAGACAGAUUAUCAUGGAUGCCUGUGUUAGCCUUGCGAAGAAUGUAGGAGAAAUGAGAACAGAAACAGAGUUGCUUCCGCAGUGCUGGGAGCAAAUAAAUCACAUGUAUGAGGAGCGUAGGCUGCUUGUCGCGCAAUCAUGUGGACAACUUGCAGAGUUUGUCAGGCCGGAGAUUCGUGAUUCUCUUAUUCUAUCAAUCAUUCAACAACUGGUGGAGGAUGCUGCAACCGUAAUUCGUGAAGCUGCUGCUCACAACUUGGCUAUGCUUCUUCCGCUCUUUCCCAAUCUGGACAAAUAUUUCAAGGUUGAGGAGUUGAUGUUUCAAUUAGCUUGUGAUCCCUCGGGCUCAGUGGUGGAAACUACAUUAAAUGAGCUAGUUCCAGCAGUCAUAAAAUGGGGGAAUAAGCUAGACCAUAUCCUCAGAGUAUUGCUCUCUCAUAUCUUAGGUUCAGCUCAGCGUUGUCCACCACUUUCAGGCGUUGAAGGUUCUAUUGAGUCACAUCUCCGUGUUUUAGGAGAACGUGAGCGCUGGAAUAUUGAUGUUCUGCUGAGGAUGUUGUCAGUGAUACUUCCCUUUGUGCACAAAAAAGCAGUUGAGACAUAUCCAUUUUCUGCUGUUCCCGAUUCAACAGGAGCAUUGUUUUCCAGCUCGGUGCUGCAAUUAUAUGCAGAGGGAGAGUCGGAAUGGCCUGCAUUUGAAUGGUUGCAUGUGGACUGCUUGCCUGACCUAAUAAAGCUUAUGUGCUUCUUGCCGCAAAAAGAAGAUAAUUUAAGAAAUCGAACUACAAAGUUUCUCCUAGCUGUAUCCGAACAUUUUGGGGAAGCUUAUCUCACGCACAUCAUGUUGCCUAUAUUCAUGGUGGCAGUGGGGGAUGAUGCCGAUUUGACUUAUCUUUCUUCCACUGCCCAUUCUAAAAUUAAAGGGCUCAGACCGAGAACUGCUGUGGCUCAGAGACUUGCUAUUAUGUGUGUCCUGCCACUUAUGCUAGCCGGUGUAUUAGGUGCUCCUAGCAAGUGCGAACAAUUAACAGAGCAUUUAAGAAGGCUAUUGUUUCAGGGUGCAGUCACAGAGAGUCAGUCAAAGCAUACAGCCGAAAUCUUUUAUGCUGUCCGGUUUCUAUGUUCAUUCGAGGGACAUCACACCAUGAUAUUUAAUAUCUUAUGGGAAAUGGUUGUUAGCUCCAACACAGAUAUGAAAGUUAAUGCCGCCAACUUGUUGAAAGUCAUUGUACCAUAUAUAGAUGCAAGAGUUGCUUCUACUCACGUUCUACCCGCCCUGGUGACUCUUGGGUCUGACCAGAAUCUGAAUGUGAAGUAUGCAAGCAUCGAAGCUUUUGGGGGUGUGGCUCAACAUUUUAAAAACGACAUGAUUGUUGAUAAGAUACGAGUGCAAAUGGAUGCAUUCCUUGAUGAUGGAUCACAUGAAGCUACUAUUGCGGUGGUUCGCGCCCUAGGGAUAGCUGUACCACAUACCACAGAGAAACUUAGAGAUUAUCUUUUAGCCAAGAUUUUGCAGCUGACAAGUGGGCCAGUUCCAGCUGGUGAUGUGAUGCGUCGCCGUGAAAGAGCCAAUGCAUUCUGUGAAUCCAUCCGUGCUCUGGAUGCUACAGAUCUUUCCGCUGCUAGCGUUCGGGAUUUCCUCCUACCUGCGAUACAGAAUUUGUUAAAAGACCCAGAUGCCCUUGAUCCCGCGCACAAGGAAGCCCUCGAGAUCAUGCUGAAGGAACGCUCAGGGGGAACUCUGGACGCUAUCAGCAAGGUGAUGGGUGCUCAUCUUGGGCUGGCGUCAUCCAUGACCAGUUUCUUUGGUGAGGGGGGUCUGUUAGGCAAAAAGGAGACAGCCACGGAAGUGCCAGCAGAACAGCCCGAUUCUCCAAAGCCCACACUGCCACCUCCCAUGGAAGACACACGAUUCAGGCGGAUAAUGAGGGGAAAUUUUACGGACAUGCUGAGGGCAAAAGCAAAAGGUCCAGAGGACCAGACACAGUAAGAUUACUCUGUCGAAAAUGUUUUAUGUAAAUGAAUUGAUGCUAUUGGAUCUAAAAAGUAGGAGGAGGUUUUUCAUUCUUUAUAGGAUCUCUUCGGUCAUGAAGGUAAAGAAAGAUAAAAAUGAUGAGCGCAUUCUUUUGUUAGAGGGACCGGUUUGUCUUGUGGUGUUGGUUGUAUAAUUUUGGGUCGAGAGGGACCCCGAAAAAAAAAAAUCAGUGCAGGGCUUUCUUUUUCAUUUUA